CGCAUUUCUCUUGUCCCGCAUGUGUAUGGCUCUCGUGCCGAUAUUGAGGGCGCUGUGCUGAUGGAAGAGCCCAAGAGUUUGAACGGCAAAAGUGAACGGGAGCUUCGUCUCAGCGGACUCGAAUCGUGCGCUUGCUUCACUUUUUUCCCCUCUGCCUCUCUCUCUCUCUCCCUCGAAACUAACCGCGACACAAGUGGCAGCUUUUGCAACAGGGGGUUUUAAGGAUAUUACAAUCUUGCUAAGCUUGCCGAGCCCUCCUCGCUGCUCGUAAAUCCGCCUCAGUUUUGCUUCGCACCGCCACAUGCCUCACGGCGGAUGCAAGCGCGCGGCGCGGCGCUAUAAGAGACAGCGACGAAUGAACCAAGCGCGAGUUUGAUAACGCAUCCGGACGACUUUUUCUAUCCUUUUUUUCUAUUCAAAUGACCGCAAGAUGAAAUAAUCGCUCCUCUCGGCGCUUCAUCACCACACUUUCAUUCACUCAUGGCUCUGUGAAAUCUCCGUGUACUUCCAGCCAUCCGUCGUCGGGACUUUUCUCUAAGGCUGCACUUGAUGAUAAUGCCGAAAGUUUGGAUAUACGGCUUUAGCAGUACAGUACAGUAGAUGUGUGUAACUCGAGGCGGGGUUAAAGUUCAGCUCUAUGGAGCGCUGAAGCGUCGCGCGCACUUCGCAGAGUUGGAAAUGUGAAAGCAAGAAGCAAGGCUUUAUUUUCCCUCUCUCCCUUCUUCUCUGUCUCUCUUUUUUUCUCUCUUUCUUUUCAUACACACAUAUACAUACACACCCCAUACAAUCACACACGCACGCACGCACACACACACAACAUAUACAUCGCCAGUUCAAGAGUUAAAACCGACGGAUAUGUAUUCUCCGCUAUGCCUAACUCAGGAUGAAUUCCAUCCUUUCAUUGAAGCACUGCUGCCCCAUGUGAAAGCGUUUUCCUACACUUGGUUCAACUUGCAGGCCCGCAAGAGAAAAUACUUCAAGAAGCACGAGAAGCGCAUGUCUAAGGAAGAGGAGCGAGCCGUGAAGGACGAGCUGCUAAGUGAGAAGCCGGAGGUCAAGCAGAAGUGGGCAUCGCGGUUGCUGGCCAAACUCCGCAAGGACAUCCGGCCGGAGUUCCGCGAGGAUUUUGUGCUCACUGUCACCGGGAAGAAGCCCCCUUGCUGUGUGCUCUCCAACCCCGACCAGAAGGGCAAGAUAAGGAGAAUCGACUGCCUGCGUCAGGCGGACAAAGUGUGGCGCUUGGACCUGGUCAUGGUGAUUUUAUUCAAAGGUAUUCCGCUUGAAAGUACUGACGGCGAAAGGCUGGUUAAGUCUCAGCAGUGCUCGAAUCCAGGGCUGUGCGUGCAGCCGCAUCACAUAGGAGUUUCCGUAAAGGAGCUCGACCUGUACUUGGCCUACUUUGUGCAUGCAGAAACAGGGCAGUCUGAAAGUCCGAACCAGCCCAGUGAAAGCGACAUCAAGGACCAGCCAGAAAAUGGGCACCUUGGCUUCCAGGACAGUUUCAUCACAUCAGGUGUCUUCACCGUCUCUGAGCUCGUGCGAGUCUCACAGACCCCCAUCGCAGCAGGGACGGGGCCCAACUUCUCGUUGGCAGACCUGGACAGCUCUUCCUACUACAGUAUGAGUCCUGGGGCCAUGAGGCGCCCCCUACCCAGCACUUCUUCUAGCAGUUCUGCAAAGCGGAUCAAAUGCAUGGAGGAUGAGGUGGACAGCCCGGGAGAGGAGUCCUACUACCCAGGUCAGGGACGCUCGCCUGGAAGCGGCAGCCAAGCCAGCAGCUGGCAUGAAGUAGAGCCAGCUGGAUAUAAACUGCGUGGCUCGCUAGCUAGUUCGUUCAUCUCAAGACAAGGGAUGCCAUCGCCUACCACAUUAAAGAAGUCAGAGAAGUCUGGUUUCAGCAGCCUUGUGCCUUCGCAGACCACUUCCCCUCGAACGGCAUUCACACACCAUCAUCGACCUGUCAUUACAGGACCCAGAGCGAGUCCUCACGCCACGCCGUCAAGUCUUCAUUUCCCGACAUCGCCAAUCAUUCAGCAGCCUGGCUCGUACUUCUCCCACCACGCCAUCCGCUACCACCCCCAGGAGACGCUCAAGGAGUUUGUCCAACUUGUCUGCCCUGACAGUAGUCAGCAAGCUGGACAGGUGGGCUUCCUUAAUCCCAACGGGAGCAGUCAUGGGAAGGUGCACAACCCGUUCCUGCCCACUCCCAUGUUGCCGCCUCCUCCGCCUCCCCCAAUGGCGCGACCCGUGCCCCUGCCCGUGCCAGACUCCAAACCUCCCUCCACCUCCACCGAGGGAGGCGGCAACUCCCCCAACUCUCCAACCUACUCCACGCCGAGCACGUCUCCCGCUCAGCGCUUUGUCAGCGUGGGCCCCAGAGACCCCAGCUUUGUAAAUAUCCCUCAGCAGCCUCAGUGGUACCUGGGCUAAAGACUCCCGACACGGACCGGCCGCUCCCGAGGUCACACGACCACCCCCUCUGUCUCCCCUGAGUACGACCCGCAAACAUGUACACCAGUCUGAACAGAGAGAAGCCACUUGCUGCCCCAGUACCGGACAGACCCACAGCAUGGCUCCAGCAGAACCCCGCCAAGCCCUGGAACAAGAGGAACCGACUCAACGCGCUUACACCCACUUACUAUAUAUCUAUAUAGUCCAUAUGUAUUCUUCCAUAUGUAUGGUUUACAUGCCUAUAUUCAUAUAUAGUAGCUGUCCAGCUCUUCUGAGGGUGGAGCUCGAAAAAAAAAAAAGAAGAGCUUUCUUUUCUCGGAAACGUGCACGUUUUUUUUCUUCUUUUGUUUGUUUUUGUUGUGUUUUUGGUUCACCCUCACAGAUAGACGAGGAAAACGUAACAUGACGCAAUCAAAGAGCUUCCCGCUUCUGUGCCUGUGGUCUUAAAGUGAAUUCUAAGGCGUUUCCAACGCAGUCUACGGCCAAGGGUCGCAAACCCACAACCACCCGGAGGUCGGAGCUCUGCCUUUCAAUCACUCGUGUUUUGACGGAUCAAUACGGUUUUUGUAUCGGUGAACGUUGGAGGUUUCGCCUGGGUCAGAUAUGCCACCAGCUAAAAAUCUCUAUUGCGUCUGCUGGCCAGGACCAUUUCCUCCCCUUUCCACCAUCAUCACCACCACCAUCAAAACCAUGUCAGAUCAAGAACUUUCAAGGACUCAACCAAACCCAUUUUUUCAGUUGUUUUGUGUCAUUUUGGGGCAGGCGAUGAAGUCAUGAACGGUGAUGUUUGAAAUCAGGUCAUUUUACAGUAUGCUAACGGGAGAUCUCCCCACUUGGAGGCAUGUUCAUAUUUUGUGUUUUUCGUACAAAAUUCAUCGCGAUUCUUUCUAAUCUUCCUAAACCCCAGCGGAAGGUCUUUCACACACCAAGGGCCAAGUGAAGGUUCGAUCUUCCAUAAACUGCAAGAAAAGGUUAACCGUGAAUACUGAAUUGAGGAAAGUGCAAUUUUGUUGGGUAGAUGUUGGAUUGUUAAAUAUCUUUGUAAGAUAGAUCGUUGAAGCGAUUGUUGAAAAGUAUAUAUAUAAAUAUAUAUAUUUUUCUUCCUAGUCCGUUCACACCUCCAGGACUCUAAAAUAUCGGUGUACAAAAAAGAAAAAAAAACACGUAAAGAGGAAAAUAGAACAAAUAGCCUUGUGAGAAAUAAGGGGAGCUGUAAUUGAUUUUUCUGUUGUUGUUUUUUAUGUGUUUGUUUGUUCAUCUUUUGUUAGAAUUGUAGAACAAAUAUCCCUUUAAGAAAUAUCAACGUUUAAACAAUCAAUUUAGUUCAUUUCCAAAAUGCUACAGCAAAUAUUUUAAUUUAACUGAGCACAUAAUGAAAUACGUAAGAAAAUUAGCCGUUUGCGAAAUCAUGAAUGAAAAAAUCGACUGUUUAAAUGCGAACGCAAGAGGCGAAAUACUGAACUAACUUCCUCGCGGACACUUUCGAAAGCGUCGUGCAAAAAUGUGAAGAUC